AUGCAUCUAUUGACUACGCUUUUCGUUAUCGGCGCCGCGCCAGCGGCGUUGGCUGGCGCGUUGGAUCGUCGACAAGGGACCGCUAUCAACGUUAACCUAGGGCAAACCUACCAGACCAUGGACGGCUUUGGUGCUUCCGAGGCCUUUCAGCGUGCUGUGACUAUGCAGCGACUCGCGGAGACCGAGCAGCGCAAGUUCUUGGACCUCAUGUUCAGCAUGGAUAAGGGGCUGGACUAA